AUGAAGAAGAGGGUGUUGGCAAAUAUGGUAUUGUCAUGGAAACUGAUGAUUGAAGGAAAUGAUGAAAAAGCAAGAGCUGAUGGCAAUAGGGGUAGGGUGGCAUCAAAUGUGGGCUGCUCAGUUUUACAGCGUAAGAAACUACAUCAAUGUUUGACAUCAGGGAGAUUGGGGGCUACUAUUACAAAUCCUGAUGCUAUUGUUGUGGAUAUCGAGGGGGCUUGCUCAUUUUUGGGUGAACCAUUAAAGGAGUCUGAGAAUCCUCCUGAUCUGUUGAAAUUUGCAGAAGCUUGUGGAAUUCCUGCUGCCCGUGUAACAAGAAAGGAUGAUCUGGGGAAAAUCCAGAAAAUGCUACACUCCUGGACCUUGCAUGUUGGAUGUGAUGAUAUAUAA